CAGCUCAACCAGGGAGCUGAUUCGGCAAGGGGUGAUGAUGCUGCUUUGAUGAAGCUAGCAGUGGCUUCAUGGCUGAACAAGAGUUCUUUUGCCCCCAACCCACCAAUCCACUCACAAGAUAAGACUGGAUACAGCUUCUAUAAUAAUGCAACUGCGAAGCUUCUUUGUCCUGAUCUUCGCUAUGUCAUUGGCUUAAUCUGUGAAACUGAUGUCAACCAUAGCACCCAGGAAGGGAUACACAAUUAUAAACCCAACUUCCAAGUCACAGCUCACUCCUGGCCAUCAUUUUUGUAUAAAGACAAUAAGUAUGACCAGGAGGAUCCAACAAAAGGCCUUUUUAAAGGUGAUUUUCUUGUCAGAGUGAGUCCUAUCCACUUGUCAGCCUUUGGACUAUUUGACUUAUGUUUUGGCAUUUAA